AUGGUUGUUAAUUCAGUACACUUUGGUAAUUGGAGGCUUACAAGGGUUUAUGGAGAACCAAAUAGAAGUAGAAGGCAUGAAACAUGGACCCUGUUACUUACUUUAGCAGGAGAAUCGAAAUUACCAUGGUGUGUUAUUGGAGACAUUAACAAUGUGGGGCACCCGUACACAUGGGAGAAACGGAGAGGCUCGAAUAAUUGGGUUGAAGUACGUUUGCAUAGAGCCCUUGCAUCCUCGACUUGGCAUCAGAUUUUUCCAUCUGCUUCUCUCACUAAUUUGGAUUAUUCAACAUCUGAUCAUACACCUAUAUGUCUUAAACCCAAGACUCUGAAUAAUUUCAUGCCUAUUCGACGUUUUCGUUUUGAGAAUUCUUGGUUGAAAGAACCACUUUGUGUUGAGAUUGUGAGGGAUUGUUGGGACGAGGGCCAUGAUCGUAGUUUCAGAGACAAGAUGCAGCUGUGUGCUGAGAAGUUGAGUUGA